UUUGACAUUUACUUCAUUUUCGGAGUUUUUAAAUUAAUAGUUAGAAAGUAUUCAUAUUUUUUAUAAAUUGAAGCAGUAUCAGGGAAAUGUUUGAUAAUUAGGGAUCUAAAAAUAAAUUGUGUGUGUGUGUGUUGAAGUAAUUUAAAAAUGACGGAAAUCGAGUGGAUAGCAAGACCAUUUGAAUACGGACCUCCAAAAUGUCCUCGGAUGGAGGAAGUAAUAGACCAUCCGCUAAAACCAUUAACGGUUUCAAUGAUCGAUGGUCGGAGUUGUGUUCGCCGGGGAACCUUAAAAAGUACAAGCACUGGUUCUUCAACAAGGACACCUACACCAACACAAAGUUCGGCAUCUGGUGUAAAAAAUUUUACAGAUCCACUACUAAGUUAUUCCAAUCUCGAUGGAACCGAUCCUCUUACUAUUUUUGCUCGGGAAGAAUUGGAUCCUCUCUCAAAAAUGGCAACCGACGAUUGGGAUUAUUCAGCCAAUGUCGCUGUUGCAAAAAAGAUGAAGGACAAGACGGAAGAAUUAGUAGAGCCUUGGUCAUCAAGACGAAAUUCCAUUUUGAGCAAAUACACGACAUCAGAAAAACUUUCGAUAAUUACGAGUUUUUUGUCCGGGGGUGAAAGAGUUGUUGUGAAGGUCCAGUCAAGUGGAACUGUGGACAGAGUGAAAACGAGACUGGAAAGAUUGGACGAAUAUGAAGAGGGAUCAGUGCGACAAUUGCUAGAUUUGUCGCAGCAAGAAUAUACAACCAGAAUUGAACAAUUGAACCAUGAAUUGGUACAAGCCUGGCGAUCCGAUUUUCGGGUGAAAGCUCUGAAAAUUGCAAUUCAGUGUGCAAAAUUGUUAGGCGACACUUCAGUCAUAUCAUUUUAUCCAAGCAAAUUUGUCCUGAUUACGGAUAUUUUGGACAUUUUCGGUAAACUGGUUUACGAUAGACUGAAAAUGAAAGCAGAAUCUCACAAACCCGGAAGCAGAGCUACGUGUUUGCCGGACAAUUUCACGCCAGAUAUGGUUCCUGAAAAUGCUAGGGAAACUUGCCAAAAUUGGUUUUAUAAAAUUGCAUCCAUCAGGGAACUUGUGCCGAGGCUUUUUGUUGAAAUGGCGAUUAUUAAAUCAUACAGUUUCUUAACAAUUAGUGAAUUUAGUUCAGCCCUCCAACGAAUAACACGGAUGAUUCGGGGAAUUGGUAAUCCUUUAAUAGCAAUUUAUGCCCGCUGCUAUUUGUGUCGAGUCGGUCUGGCUCUAAAAGCCACGGAUUUUGAUUUUGCGAAGGAAAACUUCUACGAUUUUCUUUUCACUUAUCAGCAGCUCUUCAGUCCGGCUCUGAAAAGUGAAUUAAACAAACAUAACAUCACUCUUCACGCGUACUUGAGUCUUUUCACCCCGGCCUUGGACUGGAUUUUGGAAAUUGUAGCCGCAAGUGCGCCUGACAUUCUUUUGUCUGAAAUUGUAUCUCGAUGCCAACAACUGCCCAAAAGCGGAUUGCUGAUAAAUACGAUAUUAGCGGCUUACAAGCCGACUUAUAUUGCUGCGAGAUCGAUGGAAUUCGUGAACCUAGUCGCAACUUGUGAAGAAGAUGGAUAUCCGCAGUAUCUUCUCUAUCGAAGUCUUGGCGAGUGUCUCGUAAAAGAACCUCCACAAAAAGAUGACUGUCAAUCUGUCUUGAACACAGUUUGGAAAUAUUUGGGAAGCCUCAAGGAUUCUACGAAAUUUAUGUACUGCGCGGAAAUCUGGAUUCAGUUCACGGUCAUCCAUUUUUCUAUCACAGAACUCAAUCAAUUUCUUGGCGCUAUUAUCAGUCAUUUGGGAACGAAUCGAGUUUUUGAGCUCUUUUAUCCCCAACUGCAAACAAUUGUCGAGAAAAUUGUUGCUCAUACCCAGGAUUUUGAAUCUUUACUAAUCAUGAAUAAUUUUUUGCCGUUAAUCGACCUUUUCCACAAAGAAAGUAUAAAAGUCGAGGUUUGCAAAACAGUCGUUGAAAGUUUUAGUACGCAAAGUGGACCGAUUACUGAUCCAAUUGUUAUCAAUGCGCUGAUGUUCAUUACAAAAAUCAUGCACGACUCAGUCAGUGCAUUGACUGUCGAGGAUGAGAAACGUCAGAUUGGAAAUUUAAUUUGCGGUCUUGUUCAGCGAGUCGAUUACGGUCGAGAUUUCGAGAAACAAUUAAAUUUCUACGCCGAAGCUAGAGCCGCAUUUCCAAAUCUCGAUUCCGUUCAUAUACAACUUGUUCAGUGUGUAAAUAGAUUAGCAGUUGAUACAAGAAAAAUUGUGAGAGGUCAUCACACCAGAAGAACUUCCGCUUUUGUGAGAGCCUGCGCCGCCUUUUGUUUCAUCACAAUUCCUUCCCUGUCUUCUGUACACACAAGACUUCAAUUGUAUCUUUUAUCCGGACAAGUUUCUCUGCUUAAUCAGUGUCUCGGACAGGCGGAUGCCUGUUUUAAAGCAGCUUUGAGUUUAGUGCCCGAAAUGCCGAAAAGUAUCGAUAUUGAUGGAAGGCAGAAAAGCACAGAACCUUUUUUGCUUUCCUACCUUUCUAACUUUGUAUCCACUCUACUUGUUGUUCCUGACAGUCCGGAACAUGGAGUUUUAUAUUUAAUGCGAGGACUUCUUAACGCCAUUCAACGCUGCUUUGAGGGAAAUUCUCUAACGAAGUCUUAUCUUUACCUGAGGGUUCUCGACCUUUUAAGCACCUUCACUCAAGAAGCUUAUCCUUAUCACGUAGACAAGAUCGAUUCCAAUGACAGGCUUUAUGGAUCCGAUCAGAAAUUUAUUGGGGAAGUGAAUAAAAUAUCCACAAUAGUGCUUCAUGAAAUUUUGGCUCAAUUAAAAUAUCUGGGCUCGACUGAACAAUUAGAGAAGCAAUCUGCUCUCGCACUGGAUUUAUUUAUCCGAAUGAUCAUCCGGGCCGAUUUGCAGCAGUCGUCAAUGGCAACUUUGGCUGUAAAUUUGUGGAAUUUGUCCCAGAAAAAUAGCGGUGAAGACCAAUACAAAAGAGUCCGACAAGGAACAGUGGAGCACAUGCUGCGAAAAAGUCGUAAUCCAGAGUUUGAGCAUUUCGCGGAGAUGCUGAAAAAAAUGAUAAAAAUAUAAAGCUUUGACACUCAUUUAAAAAAUUUUAAAAAUUAAAAAAAAAUUAAAACAUGUGAUACAAGGCAUAAUAUAGAGUUAUUUUGUAUUCUGAGCGAACAAAUUAUUAAAUAGAAAUAAUAUAAACAAGUUAUUUCAUUUUCGAUUGUAAAAUAGAGUGUCUCAGGCAUAGAUGUAAAUUAUAAAAUGUACAUAGUAAGUUUAAGUUAAUAAAUGUAUGAACAUCAAAAAAUAAGAAUACCUGUUCAUCUACCGUAAGUA